AUGGCGGAAGUAGAGAGCUCCACGGUGGACGACUCGUUCGCUCACUCCGAAGCCCCGGAGGAACAGCCCACGCACAGCACGGUCAGCGCGACGGUCGGCACCAGACGUCAGGCCAAUGGAACUAUCGGUUCAGUCUACUCCGGGAAUAAGAUCAAGCAUCUCAAGAAGGAGGAUGGUAUCCCCCUAUGGCGCAAGGACAUCCAGUACCAGUUUUUGAAGCUAGUCUUCGAGGACAAGACUCCGGUCUUCACCCGGUACCCUGAUGGGAAGAAGGGCUGCGACUUCGCGGAUAUCUACAUCGAUGCCAUGGCGAGGAGCAGUAAGACGAGCAAGAUCCUCAAGGACAAACUGCAGAGCGAUAAGCAGGCCGCCAUCAACAUGGCCAUGGUCUGUCUGUUGGUCAACUUUGGCAGGAUGAACACGACCCUCAACUUCUUCCCAGAGAUGCGCGCCCAGCUGCGAACCUACCAUUCGAUUCCGUCCUUACAGGCGCACCAGGACCCCAAUGCGUACAAGCAACUUCAAGAUGCGCCCCGUCUGAAGUCUAUCCUGAAGGGUGCAUCGGAGGACGUCGAUCAACCAAACACGAUCGAGAAAAUCAUGGAAAUGCCUGUGCCUCGUACCAAUCCGGUCCACCUGAUCUUCGUUCUGGCGCAGUUCGCUCCAAAGAUCUCCGAGAUGCACUUUUUCCCUCCCCGUGACUUCUUUGAUCUCGUCAUGCGCCACACGCUGAGCAGCAGGAGCCGCGCGAGGGCGUUCCUCUGGCUGAUGUGGUGGUAUCUGGAGAGCGACUUUACCCGCGAGGCGGCCCUGAACAAUCCCUUCGGACCUGGUCUCGACGGCGAAGGAACUGGAGGAUUACCCAUCAAGGUCCCUCCGUUUGAGAGUCUGACAGAGGAGCAGGCCAACGAGGAAAACGUAGACACGCCCGAGGAGAUCAGAUACGGAGAGGAAAAACGCCUGGAGCGCAAACGUAUUCUGGAAGAAGAUGAGCCUCUCCCGAGAGUGACUAAACGUUCUAAGAAAGAUUACGGCUAUGAUGACGACAUGGUAUCCGGUGACUUUGCUUCUGGUAAGCUAGCUCUGUUUCCGACGAUUCUUUCUUCACAGCUAUCUAAUGCCACAGCAGGACGUGGAGAUCGGCUCAGUCUGGGCGGCCGGGGUUCUGCCGCUUCUACUCCGAUGCAUGCAUCUGGCAGACGUCUCGACGAGGACGAGGACUGGGCAACGCCGGGGUCCGGUCGUGGACGCUACAAAAGGGUCAAGGGAGACUCUUCUGUUAGCCGGACCGCUGCUCAGCAACGCUUGAUCUUGAAAACCAAAAUGGACCAGACCCCAGACGCUGCGUCUCCGGCCCCUCCUGGAUCCGGCCAUCCCAUCCUUAACCAGUUUGUGACAGACCCCGCCAUCCCCUCUCAGAAUCCGCCAGCCCGCCGUCCUCGACCUCUCACGCAGCAUCAGCUGGCUGUUGAGCAGAAUCGCCGACAGCGUAUCGAGUAUCUCCUUGCUCAACGGAAGAACGAGACUUACCGGGUUCUGCGUGAACAACGACAAAGUGAGAUUCCUGUGGUCCGCUAUAAGCGUAUGCUUGAGAAACUCCCGGACGACUAUGAUACGGAUGAUGAGAACUCCUGGGGAAAGGGUGGAUUGAUCCCGAACCCGGAAGAACAAGAGGACUUUGGCGAAGCCGCACACUACUUUUUGUCGGUUGUUCGCAAGGCCGCGAGAAGACUGGACCGUUGGGACUGGGAGAAUGCAAAUGGACCCAAGAAAGAUCGGCAGAAAGCAAGGGAAGAACGCCGAAAGGCCUACCGGAGCGGAGCUCCUAUCAUCGGCCUGGGAGCAGCUCGUGCCACACCCAAAGUCAGCCGUGCCACCAAACCUGAGUCGUCUGCGACCGACGCUGCUGCGGCUUCAACCAAGACUGAUGUCGAACCAUCAUCACCCAUGCCUGCGGAUGACGUUGAGGGAGACGAGACUCUGGAUGACAUUGACAAGGAGCUUCUCGGUGAGAUGAGUGGCAACGAGGAAGCAGAAGACGAAGAUGCGACCCAGUUGGAGGGAGUGUCUGGAGUUCCUGAAUCAGACAUCCACGGAGAGAAUGGCUACGAUGAGAGCUUUGUCGCCGAAGGUGGCGCGGGUGACGGGGAAGAGGAGGAAGCAGAAGGCCUUUCCUCAGACAACGAUGAGGAGCAUGACGAUGAAGCUGAUGACGAGGAGCUGGACGAGGCGGAAGGCGAUGGUGAUGUGGAAGGCGAAGGAGGCGACAACUCGUCUACGUUCGAAGGGGGCAACGGCUAUGCAGCCAGCGACAGCUCCUCCGAGGCUGGUGGUGACCAUGAUGUGGACGUAGAGGAUGGUGUGGAAGGGGAAGUGGACAAUGAGGUUGACGAAGAUGAGGCCAUGGAAGAUCAGGAGGAGUGA